AUGUCUUCCCAAUGGCAAUCUCCAUGGAAUGCUGCUGAGCGCAAAGCCACCAGAAAGAUGCUGAUGUCCAUGCUGCGGACUGCGUCGAUCUCCAGAGUCGCGACUGCUCUGGCGAUACCGGUGUCAUGCCUCGUCUACAUGCUGUCUUCUUCCUGGGUCAUUCUGGCGAACCAGAGGCUGAUCACAGAGGCUGGCUUCCCCUUCCCGAUUCUCCUGUCGGCCUUCGGUACAUUCGCCUCGGCAGCGACGGCGCAUUUGAGCGUGCUAGCCGGCUUGACCACAGUGAGGAAAGAGGCAUCGGCACUUAUGACUGGCAAGUCCUGGUUUUACAGCGUAGUGCCAGUGGCGCUUUGUCAGGCCUCCACGUUGGCCUUUGGCAAUGCGACUUAUCUUUUUCUAGGCAUCGGCUCCACGCAGAUGCUGAAAGCAGGCACUCCGAUUUGUAUUUUGCUGGUUCUAGUGGCGCUGAGGUUGGAAAGCCCGUCACUGGGCUCCUGCUGUUGUGUUUGCCUCAUCACGGUCGGAACCUUCAUUACCGCAGCAAUAUCGCCCGAGUGGAAUGUUGGAGGACUCAGCUGCUCAGUGGCUGCCAUGAUCACGGAAGCUUUGCGAAUUGGGCUGACACAAUUCCUUCUACGGACUUGCAAAUUCAGCGUCACUGAAGGACAAUACGUGUUGGCACCCACCGUUUCAGCAGCCCUUCUCUCAGCAUCCCUCGCGAUGGAGUCGCAAAAGCUUCUGGAGGUGGACGUCUUGGACAAACUCUUCAAGUAUCCGCACCUGUUCUUGUUCGCUGCUGGACUUGGCACCGUGGUGAAUUACUCCAGCUAUAUGGUCAUCAAAUCAUGUGGCGCGCUCAGUCUCAAGAUUGUGACAACAUUUCGCAAUGUUUCGCUGGUUGCGUAUGGUGCUAUGAUGCUUGGAGAGCCCAUCAAACCCAAGCAUGUGACGGGAUAUGCUCUGGCACUUGUCGGCUUCUUGGGCUACACCUACUUCGGAAAUGCGCGUGAGCAACCAAAGUCAGUUGCUGCAUCCGAAAAUGGAGCCGGGUGUUCACCACAUGAAAAGUAA